GUUCCGGGCCAGCCAUGGCUGCCUCGGCAGCCGCCGCCGCCGCUUCGGACCCAGCGGUGAAGCCGCUGCAGGGCGCCAUGAAGCUGGCCAAGGGCGCCCUCGAGCUGGACGCCGGGGAUCGGCCGCGGGAAGCCUAUGUGGAAUACCUCAAGAGCAUCCAGUUCAUCUCCCAGGUCCUGCUGGAAGACGCAGCCAAAGUGGACGGAAACGAUGUGACGCCCGACACCCCCAGGAUGCUGAAGGUGGCAGAGCAGUGCCUGGAAAGGGCCAAGAGCAGCGUUGCCAAAAUCGGCAAAGCAAAGACCAAGCUGGCGGCGGAAAGAGUUCUGGGCCCUGCUCCUGUCUCCCGACACCGCAGGGUCUUCUCCGAUGAAGGCGGCAAGCUGCUACCUUUCCUGCCACCCGAGAUGUUCCAGAAGCUGCAGAUUACAGAAGUGCAGAGCGCGAGGAAGGAGCUCACCCCGCUGGAGGAGGCGUCGCUGCAGAACCAGAAGCUCAAGGCCACCUACGAGGCCCGGCUGGCCCGGCUCAACCCCAACCAGGCCAUGCAAAAGACCUCUCUGACUCUUUCGCUGCAACGUCAAAUGAUGGAGAAUUUGGUGGUUGCAAAGGCCCGGGAAGAGACCCUCCAGAGGAAGAUGGAAGAGCGCCGGCUGAGGCUGCAGGAGGCUGCCAACAGGAGGUUCUCCAGCAACGCCGUGCUGACCACAGAAGAGCAGGAGCAGCGGGCCAUCUACGCCGCCGUGUUGGAGUAUGAGCAGGACCACGAGUGGCCGAGGGCGUGGAAGGCCCAGAUGAAGAAGAGCCCCGACGACCUGGCCCUGGUGCCCAAACUCAUCUCCCACCUCCUCAGCUUUGCAGAUCACCCCAUCUGCCAAUUGCUGAAGAAGCUCCAGUGCUCGGUCUACAGCCGCCUCUAUCCGCUCGUGAGCCGGAGCCCAGCGGACGACCGGCUGGCCGGGCGGGUCUCCCGCGGCUUGUCCCUCUCCUCCUCGCUGGACGCGGAGGCCUUCCUGCCGCCGGCUCCCGAGGGCCGGCGGCUGCGCGCUUCCCAGAGCCUGCACUCCAUGUUCUCCGUCCAGGAAAACAACAAGCUGAACCUGUGCCACAGCCUCUCCGCCACGCCCUUCAUCGAGGACGAGGGCCUGAGCGGCCCGUGGCCGAGGGAGGCCCGCAGCCCCGCCGAGGGACCCAGCCCCGCUGGCGGAGAGGCGCCCCCUGCUCCCCUGGCCGACAGGGAGAGCUCCUUCGAAGACCUCGAGCGGUUCCUGUCUGCCUCCGAGGCCUGGCCCUCGGGGGCCCUGCGCGAGACCCCGGCUGGGAGGAAGGGCUCCCGGCACGAGCACCUCAAGGCGGUCGUGAAGGAGAUCCACAACUCCGUCGACAGACUUCUGUCGCUGACUUUGCUGGCCUUCGAGGGCCUCAACACGGCGGCCUCCAAGGACCAGUGCGUGGCGCGGCUGGAGGAAACCUUCUUUGCCCCGCUCUGGGCUCCCCUCCUGGCUGUCUACAGGAAUGUCUACAAAACCCGGGAAGCGUCCCUGGCCAGGAGCAUGGAGCUGCACAGGAACAGCCCCCCCGCCGACCUCGGCAUCGCUUCCAAACUCCUCCCCCAGGGGAACCGGCCUGGCGGGGGCAGAUCCGACCCUUACGGCGCCGCUGUGCAGGAACUGAGGCUGCUUCCUCUGGGCAGCUGCCCUCAGAAGAAGCUGGAAUGCAUCGUGCGGACGCUGCGCAUCAUCUGUGAAUGUGCCGAGGAGUACUGGGGGGGCUGCGAGGCGAAGGCCCAGCCGGCCUCGGCUGCCAUUGGGGCUGACGACCUCCUUCCCAUCCUGUCCUAUGUGGUGCUGAAGAGCCACCUGCCACAGCUGGUCUCGGAGUGCGCUGCGCUGGAGGAGUUUAUCCACGAAGGGUACCUGAUCGGGGAGGAAGGGUACUGCCUGACGUCUCUGCAAAGCGCCCUCUCCUACGUGGAAUCCCUGCACCGGCCCGUCCUCGAGAAGUAGCUGAGCUCCCGGUUAGGUCGCUCAAAGGACCUCCAUCCUCCCUGGCACGGGAUUGCUCCUCUCCUGCCGCUCUGCUCCCAGGCGAGAUGCAGCCGGAGACCUUCUCUUCCAGAACGGGCCGCCGCUGCCGCCGCCACCUCUCCCCUGCCUGCUGAAAAGGCCUUGCAGCGCUCCCUGGGCCUUGACCUCUGUGCAAUAUUUCUUCCCCUUUUUUUGCAGGGGGACGGGAAGGCUGGCACCCUUUGUGUUAACUAGAAACGCCGUCAGAUGUGCCCCUGAUCCUCUCUAGUAGGAAUAGGGUGGGAUCGGUCACAUCCUUGGCUUUAAGGGAUGGUCCGCCUGAGCCUGGAGUCUGUUUGCACCCGUGAGCGUUCAGGGAGGGGGAGGCUGCGUCCCCUCUCCCACUUCCCUGAGGAGGAUCUGCAGCUCCCUCGCCACGUUUGCUGCCACGUCCAAGGGAAACGAGAACCUCUGCCCAUUUCCUGCAGCCCCCCUUCUAGCAAGCGUCAGCCAGGUCGGGCGUGGGCUGCCCCUGGAUCUCUUCCCCCCCCCCCAUCUGCCUGACCCCUCUUGUAUUUCUGCUUUCACUCCACGGGUCUACUGAGGAGGGGGAUUGUCCCUGUGAAGUCCAGAGGGCAAACCUUUCUCCUGCUUGACCCGGAGCCACUGCUGGAAUUUUAACUGUGAGUUAAGGGAACUUUGUGUGUGUGUAUGUGUGUGUGUGUGUGUACAUGUUCACCUGCACUUGACAAAGGGGAUGAGAUUGUCCACUCCCCACCCACUCCGAAAUGUGAUCUGUGUAGGAUUAAGAGACUGGGAGUUUUGUUUGGCACUGUCUGAAGAUGAAGGGAUGGACCUUAAAAGAGAAGUGUGCGUGCGUGCGUGCGUGCGUGCGUGCAUGCGUUUUCCUUGUCAGGGUUUGCGUAGUAAUACUGAACGUGAGCUCGCAGCCAGAGGGCAGGGGCCAAGCAGAGAGUGAGCAGCUGUGAUCUCUGGAUGAAUUUGCACAAAUCCGCUGGGACUUUUUCUGGUGCUGCGGUUGAGCGAAACGGCAGCUACAUUUCAUGGGACAGCCGUCUGAGUCUUUGGAAGAGCCCCGCGUUCCCUGUCUGGGUCAAAGGGGACGCUACAAGCCCCAGGAUGGAGGACGUUUGGGCAGGGUGGAGGGGGAAGAGUGGGUGCGGUCCCCCCCCUUAUGAACCACAAAGCUGAGUGUGGGGGGUGGGGGUGACACCAGCUCCUAUCCUGAGAAGGCAUCCUGGCUUCUGUUUGGGGGGGGACGACAACAUGGGGAGCACUCAAGCCCUACGCUGCAGGAACCCGGCUGCUGCUGCUAGUGGCACUUCUCGUGUGUGUGUCCCCCCUGCCCCCCGCCAAGCCAUCCGUGGCCCUGGAGGGUCAAUAUCCGGUUCUUCUCCUGACCAGUUUCCCGGCUUCGCUCUCGGAGGCUGUUCUGUAAUAAACACUCCUGCCUGCUCCACAA